UAUAACUUGGACUAUCAUCAAGAUAACAUAGACAAAAAAUUUAUAUUACUUCAUUUCAUUAAACUUUACAAAUAUGAGACGUUUUGUGUUUUCUCUAGCAUGGUCUUUUGGUCUUCUUCUAUUAGCUUCUUCAUUAGCUUCUGCUGCAAUUGUGGAACAAACUUUCAAUGUUGAGGACAUUACUGUUCAACGAUUGUGCCGUCCACAGGUGAUAACUGCCGUAAAUGGAACCUUGCCAGGUCCAACACUUUAUGCUCGAGAGGGUGACACUGUUAUCAUUCAUCUAGUCAACAAAUCACCAUACAAUAUGACUAUUCAUUGGCAUGGAAUCAUUCAAUUUUUAACUCCUUGGUCAGAUGGUCCAGAGUAUAUAACUCAAUGUCCAAUUCCAUCAGGUGGAAAUUAUACAUACAAAUUCAAAGUAACAGGACAAGAAGGAACACUUUGGUGGCAUGCUCACACUUCUUACCUACGUGCUACUGUCCAUGGUGCCAUCAUCAUUAAGCCAAGACUAGGACACUCUUACCCCUUCCCUAGGGUUUAUCAAGAAGUCCCCAUAUUGCUUAGUGAGUGGUGGAGCGCUAAUGUCGUAGAAGUUGAGAGAAAUGCCACUGAUACCGGUAACGCCCCGCAAAGAUCAAAUGCAACCUCAAUUAAUGGCUUUCUUGGUGAUUUGUAUAAUUGUUCUCAAGAUCAAACUUACAAGCUCAAAGUGAAACAAGGGAAAACCUACUUACUCCGUAUUAUCAACGCUGCACUCGAUGAACAACAUUUCUUUAAGAUAGCGAACCAUAGUUUCACAGUUGUGGCAUUGGAUGCUGUCUACACAAACCACUACGAAACUGAUGUUGUUGUGAUCGCGCCCGGUCAAACCGUCGAUGUUCUCUUAAAAACCAAUCAGGUUGUUGGUUCUUACUACAUGGUUGCCACACCAUAUCGUUCCUCCGAUGUCAACUCACACAACGUAACUACUAGAGGAAUUGUUGUUUAUGAUGGUGCCUCACAAACACAAACACCUAUAAUGCCAAUUUUACCUGAUUCACAUGAUACCCCACUGGCUCACAAGUUUUACACCAACAUUACAGGGUUGACAAGUGGUCGACACUGGGUUCCGGUUCCACGCAAAGUGGAUGAACAUAUGUUCAUUACAUUCGGAAUAGGUUUAGAACAAUGCAUUAAUCCAGGACCCGGUCGAUGUCUAGCGGCGAACUCACGACUUUCCGCCAACAUGAACAAUGAAUCCUUUGUUCUUCCUCAGGGAAGAGGUGCUUCAUUAUUGGAAGCAUUUUACAAAAAUAUUAGUGGUGUGUACACCAAGGAUUUUCCCAAUAAUCCACCAUUUGAAUUUAAUUAUACUGACCCUGCCUUAAGUACACUUAAUGCUACUACUAUUGCUAUUGCAUUUGCGCCUAAAUCAACCAAAGUGAAGACAUUAAAAUGGAAUUCAACCAUUGAGAUUGUGUAUCAAAAUACAGCUAUUUUGGGAACUGAGAAUCAUCCUAUUCAUAUUCAUGGCUUUAAUUUCCAUGUUUUGGCGCAAGGUUUUGGGAACUAUAAUGCAACUAGAGAUGAACCAAAGUUUAAUUUCGAUAAUCCUCAAUUGCGUAACACUAUUGCGGUGCCAGUUGGAGGAUGGUCUGUUAUUAGAUUUCAAGCCAAUAAUCCAGGUGUUUGGUUUGUACAUUGUCAUUUGGAAACACAUUUGCCAUGGGGAUUCGCAAUGGCUUUUGAGGUUGAGAAUGGGCCUACUCCUGGAACCAGUGUGCCUCCUCCACCAGCUAAUCUUCCUAAGUGUUGAGUGCAUUAUUAUUCGAAACAUUAUAAAUGGUUGAGUUUAUUGAAAAAGUAAAGAAUUGGUUUUGUUACUAUUUUGUAAUAAUCCUAAUGUAAUUUGUUUGAUUAAUAAAUGUGUAAUAAAGGUGGAAAGGUUAGCCUAUUCUUUCAAUAUAGGUCAUACCAUGUAUACUUAUUGAUUUGGUAUCAUGAAUAAAUUAUUUUUUUAUUUA